AUGUGUGUAUACCUACUGGCAUAUGGCCAUUACGUCCUCUGUCAGAUGUUUGGAAGCAAGCCUCCAGGGAAGUACUCGAGACUGAUCCCAUGCAUGCUGUUUCCAGUAUCCGUUGAGAUGUUCAAGUCUAUUAUAACAGAAUAUCUCAACAAUAUAAAAUACGGAAAUUGGACAAUUAUCUCCAUCUUAAUCCAAAUACUGGGUAAAAUUCUAUCUGAUUUCGAGAAAUCGUUUUCUACGGCCGAAGUAAAAGAAUUCAUUGACAAACUUCGAGCGGAACAAGAAGAACGUGAAUUUGAUAGAGCUUUCCAAGUCGAUGUUACAUCUGCCUGCACAGUUAAAGCUUUACGGGGCUAUUGCACAAAUCGAACAAUCAUCAACGAGUUAAAAAAUGACAAAUGCGAGUAUGGAGAGGCUUCUACAAGGGAACUCAGAAAUAUUGCACCUGUUGAUCAUAAUAACAGUUCGAGUGAAACUAUCUUUUCUGAUUCGGACGAUGAAGGGGAUAAGUCAGUAUCAGUAAGCAGGCUUACCAAGAGAUUUUUGGACAAUGCUGAAACAAGCCCCCCAAAACGGUUAAUAAAGGAGAUGCAUGAACAAGACUCGGAAUCGAAUGAUGACUUCUACCCCAAUUCAGUCAAUUCGGAUUCUGAAGGACAAGUUGAUGGAUGUACAACUCCAACACCAUAUUCCAUAGAAGAUCUUGCAGAGGACGAAAAGCUCAUAAUAACUGAUGCCUCUUCACAAAUACCAUUAUCAAGUUCAGAAUUUGACAUGUACAUAAACGAUGUUAACAUAUCCGCUGGAUUCAGAACAUACAUUGACAAGGCUGUAUCACUGGCUAAGACUAAGGGGCUAUAUGUUGAGAUGAAAUUUUAUCACUGUCAUCAAUACUUGUUCUUAUACCGAACUCAUACCCGGCUAAUAUGUUGA